GGCUGUGCCAGAGACAAGCAAACAACUAUUAGGGCUCAAGGCUGUGGGCGGGGAGAGGGAGCCCUCAAUGAACAGCGGCAGUGAGUUCCGGGAAGAGAGACAGAGAGAGAGAGAGAGCCCAGGAGCAUCCCUGAGAGAUCUGGCCCUUCUUCAGAAGCUAACCCUGCGCUGCCAACCCCCAUCCAGGGGCUCAGCAGCCCAGCCCUGCCUGGCCUGCCUCUCACCUCCUCCAGGGGAGCUGCUGCUGUGGCCAACGUCGCUGGGGGUGGGGAGGGCAUCCCCUCUUCCCUCCCAUCAUGGCCGUGUACCGCGUGUGUGUGACCACUGGUCCCUACCUGAUGGCCGGCACAUUGGACAACAUCUUGGUCACACUGGUGGGCACGUGUGGUGAAAGCCCGAAGCAGCUGCUGGAUCGAGUGGGCAGGGACUUCGCCACUGGAUCGGUGCAGAAGUACAAGGUACGCUGCUCAGCGGAGUUGGGUGAGCUCCUGCUGCUGCGUCUACACAAGGAGCGCUAUGCUUUCUUCCCCAAGGACUCCUGGUACUGCAGUCGCAUCUGUGUCACUGCCCCUGAUGGUACCCUUUCCCACUUCCCCUGCUAUCAGUGGAUUGAGGGCUUCUGCACCAUAGAGCUGCGACCUGGAACAGCAAGAACUAUUUGUCAGGACUCCCUUCCCCUCCUUCUGGAUCAUAGGAAUCGGGAACUCCAGGCCCGACAGGAAUGCUACCGCUGGAAAGUCUAUGCCCCUGGCCUUCCUGGCAUUGUGGAUGUCAGCAGCUUUGAGGAGAUGGAGUCAGACAAGAAAUUUGCCUUGACCAAGAGGACACCUUGUGCAGACCAGGGAGACAGUGGUGGGAACCAGUACCUGCCUGGCUUCCCCAUGAAAAUUGACAUCCCAUCCCUGCUGCACAUGGAACCCAAUAUUCGCUACUCAGCCACAAAGACGACCUCGCUGCUCUUCAAUGCCAUCCCUGCGUCCUUGGGCAUGAAGCUUCGAGGGCUGCUAGACCGCAAAGGCUCUUGGAAGAAGCUGGAUGACAUCCGUAACAUCUUCUGGUGCCACAAGACCUUCACCUCAGAGUAUGUCACAGAGCACUGGUAUGAGGACUGCUUCUUUGGGUACCAGUACCUGAAUGGUGUCAAUCCUGUCAUGCUCCAUUGCCUCUCCAGCUUGCCCAGCAAACUGCCUGUCACCAAUAACAUGGUGGCCCCUUUACUGGGACCAGGAACCUGCCUGCAGACAGAGCUAGAGAGGGGGAACAUCUUCAUGGCGGACUACUGGAUCCUGGCGGAGGCCCCGGUCCACUGCCUCAACGGCCGCCAGCAGUACGUGGCCGCCCCGCUCUGCCUGUUGUGGCUCAAUCCCCAGGGGGCGCUGGUGCCCUUGGCCAUCCAGCUCAGCCAGACCCCAGGGCAAGAUAACCCCAUCUUUCUGCCCACUGACUCUGACUGGGACUGGCUGCUGGCCAAGACGUGGGUGCGCAACUCUGAGUUCCUGGUGCACGAGAACAACACGCACUUUUUGUGCACGCAUUUACUGUGCGAGGCCUUCGCCAUGGCCACGCUGCGUCAGUUGCCUCUCUGCCAUCCUAUCUAUAAGCUCCUGCUUCCCCACACUCGAUACACGCUGCAGGUGAACACCAUCGCGCGGGCCACGCUGCUCAACCCUGAAGGCCUAGUGGACAAGGUCACGUCCAUCGGGAGGCAAGGCCUUCUCUACCUCAUAAGCACGGGUCUGGCCCACUUCACCUACACCAAUUUCUGCCUUCCGGACAGCCUGCGGGCCCGCGGCGUCCUGGCCAUCCCCAACUACUAUUACCGAGACGACGGCCUGAAGAUCUGGGCGGCCAUUGAGAGCUUUGUCUCAGAAAUCGUGGGCUACUAUUAUCCCAGCGAUGCGUAUGUGCAACAGGACAUGGAGCUGCAGGCCUGGGUUGGCGAGAUUUUUGCUCAGGCGUUCCUGGGCCGGGAAAGCUCAGGUACCCCCUCUCGGUCCUCCAGCCACAGGUGCUCAAUGACCCCCCAGUGCUCACCCCGGCAUCCCUAUUACUCAGUUCUUAUUUAUGGACCAGCCUUUGAAGUACCUCCUAUUACUAGCCCCACUGAACAUAUGAGGGACAGACACAGAGAAGGCUGCACAGAUAGUGGCAGAGGUGGAAUGCAGAGCCCACUCCCACGGUCUCCAAAGCCUUUGCUUCGGUUUGCUACAAUGUGCCCCUCUGGUUCCUCCGCAACCUUUACAUGAGCCCAUCCAUUCACCUCUGCAUGGUGAGCUCUGAGGAUAUGUUGCCUCAUGUGGUAGGAGCCAUCUCCAGCCUUAAACAUGAAGGAUUCUGGAAUCCUCUCAUAUUCUUUCAUGCCUGUCUUGCCUGGUGGCCUUUCCUACCAGCCACCAACCCCUCUCACUUCUUUUGGCUUCAUGGAGUAGCUUGGUCCUGUUGUUGCCUGAUUCCUCCUUAACUCACCCUAACUCUCUCUUUCUUGAUUGACACUUCCUAAGAAGCCUCUGAGACCCAACACCAGCGGCCCUCUCUUAGUUCUCCUUUGCUUAGCCUCGGUGCCAAGCAGAUGCCCCACACCACCCUGCCUUCCUUAAAGUCUUCUCUUAGCUCCAGGGAGGAUGUGUCCUUCAGAACCUCCCACUUCUUCCCUGGUCUCUGCUGUCUUUGCAUCCUGGCUUUGGCCUGUCCUGGAUCACUGUCUCCUUUCUCUCCCUGCCCCUAAGGGAUUGACCCUUUCUCCUGUUCCUUCUUUGAGCUGAUUCCAGACUUGGAGGUCGCCCAUCCCCCAUUCCCUGAAGGACUUACCUUUUUAGCCAUCUCAUUGUCACCUUUGAGACCAGCACAUGAAAACUAUAAGUCAUCCCACGAUAGAAUAACUCCUGGCUUCACCAGGUUAUACACCUUUUGCAACUCUUCACAGCCUACUUCCCUAGUGCCACUAUAGUAUGUGGUUGGUACUCCAGGCAGUGGAAAAGGCAGGAGAGGCCUCAAUAUCUUGUAUAGUGGGGGAAAAGGAAAAGCUCCAAGUGGCAUUAAUGUCUAUCCUUCAAUCCCCCCAGCCCUGGCCUGGCCCGAGGGUGGAAGACUCACUGCCUGGGACAUCCUCUCCCAGAAGGGAUGUGGCUUUCAGCUAGCUUAGUGCUUCUGGUGGCCUCCCAGAGGAGUUUCUGUCUGGAGAGACCCUGGGAGGAGGGGUGAUCUCAGGUCACCCGCAAACAGAAUGAACAGUUGUUGCAGCCCUACCUGCAAUGGGUUCCCAGUCUUUAAAAAAACAGCAACCCAGAAUAUUUGAAACACAUACAAAAGUAGAGACUAUAAUGUAAUGUAUAUUUUAAACAUACUUAAAAGUAGAGAGUGUAAUGAAUAAUGGUUAACAUCCAUUUACCCACUGCCCAGAUUCAACAAUUGCUAACAUCUUUGCCAUAUUUGAUUAAUCUGUUGCUUUUGUUUAUUGCUGAAGUCUCUUAAAGUACUGUAUUUCAUUUUACUCCUACUCAAUAUGCAACUCAAAAGAACAAUGUUUUUCCGAACCAUAUUACUGUUAUCAUGAUUAACAAAGUUGACAAUAAUUCCAAUAUCAUCCUCUUAUCUAGUCAAUAUUCAAAUUUCCUCAUGUGUCUCAUUUUCCCCCAGUUGAUCCUGUUGAUGCCUGAGCCAAUCAAGGACCACAUGAUAUGGUUGUUUAUUUUGACUCUAAAGUCUCUCUUAAUUCAGGACAGCCCCCACCCCCUCUUUUAAAUUACAUGAAUCUGACAUGGACUUACUGAAACCCCAGGACUAGUUGUUCUGCAGAAUGCCUCACCUUCGAAUUUAUCUAAUUGCAUCCUAUGAUGUCAUUUAUCUUGUUCCUCUAUUUCCUGUGUUUUUUGUCAACCAGAAGUAAUAUCUAAAGGUUAAAUGUUUUUGGCAAGGAUAUUUCUCAAAUGAAGCUGUGCUCUCUACAUUGCAUCAUAUUGGGAGGCACAUAAUGUCAGGUUGUCUCACUGUUAAUGAUGCUAACGUUGAUUUCUAGGUUAAGGUGAUAACAGCCCAUCUCCUUGGGAUCUUUGAAAAGGUGACCCCUCCCCAGGCUUUGUAAGCCUACCUUUAAUUAGGAGAGAGUGUAAUGAAUAAUGGU